AGGUCAUUCAGUUGAAAUAAUAACUUCUACUUUAUCAUUAGAAAACAAUAUUUAUGUCAAAUAGCCGUAUGUGGAAAGGGGUUUAGGAUAAUGAGAUUCGGGUUAGUAUGGAGGACGAUGAGGCUAUUUAAAGAGUUGGAUGUAAUAAGCUGAGAAGAUCAGCUUCACUUCGACUUUUGAUGCGAUACAAGAGAAACUGUCAGAUGAGUUUGAAAAGUUGAAGACGUGUAACGCCCAGACUGCUCUUAACUAGCCAACUUCCUGCAUCCUCGUAAACCGCACUCGAUCUGACAAGCACCAGCAGUCACAUACAUCAACUUGAAGGCAUCAUGGCUGACAAAGAGACAGACACGCCCAUUGCUGAGGAUGACGAGACCGACCUGAACUACCAGCCCCCGGCCCAGAAGUCCCUGCAGGAGAUCCAGGAGCUGGACAAGGAUGACGAGAGCCUCACCAAGUACAAACAGGCUCUCCUAGGCUCAGGGCCCGUGGUGGCAGACCCCACCCUCCCUAACCUCCAGGUGACGAGGCUGACUCUGAUGUGUGACCAGGCCCCUGGACCCAUCACCAUGGAUCUCACAGGCGACCUGGUGGCUUUGAAGAAGCAGAAUUUCACCAUGAAAGAAGGUGUUGACUACAGGGUGAAGAUUCACUUCAAGGUCAACAGAGAAAUUGUGUCCGGACUGAAGUAUGUGCAUCUGACCUACAAGAAAGGGUUGCGAGUGGACAAGGCUGUGUACAUGGUGGGCAGCUAUGGACCUCGGGCCGAGGAGCACGAGUUCCUCACCCCCGUGGAGGAGGCUCCUAAGGGACUGCUCGCGCGGGGAGGCUACCACAUCAAGUCCCACUUCACAGACGACGACAAGAAAGACCACCUCUCGUGGGAGUGGAACCUGCAGAUCAAAAAGGACUGGGACCAGUAGAGCGCCGUGCCGCACUGAAACGAAACACCCACCUGCACAAUGACAGCGUAUGCGAGAGGUGUACAUACAAGGGCGUUAGGCUAGUUAAGGUUAGGCUUGGCGAGGGGGGGGGGGACCGGGGCGGCUUCAAAAACAGCUUGAUUAUUUACAGUAACCGAUGAAACUAAUGUAUGCGCAUACUUACUUGUAUAACAAGGAGAUGUUUGGGAGCACACAGGGACAAGAGAACAAGAGUAGAAGAACUGGGGUUAUUACUCCAUAAUGUGCUAAAGAUUUUCAGAUGGAUUCCACAUGCCUGUUUUCUCAGGUCAUUUUUUUGUUUUCCUUUCAGACAUGCCCGUGUAAAUAUUAUAUCAUGACGGUGUCUACAUUUCAUCCAUGCAUUCAGUGUCGUAUCAUGUGCCAGUUACAUGCGCAUGCUUGAGUGUGCCACACCCGUGCAGUGACCGUUCUCCUGUGUUUGACUUGUGAGCAGAAUUGUGAAGUCUGAUCUGCAGAGAGAUUUUUUUUUUUCAAGUGUCGUGGUAGCGUUUACCCGUGUUGCGUCAGAGGACCACAGUUUUAUGGGCUAGAGUAUAGUGAAUAG